AUGUGUAAAAAGGCACUCGGAAAAGCAAAAUCGGCAGUGGUGUGAAAACAACUUGGGGCGGAAGAACGUGCACUUUCGGUGAUCAUCUCUUUCGUCGGCACGUUUCGCAGAGGACGUGUCAUGGCAAACUGCGUAAAAACGGAAACAAAAGCAUUUGCGUUGAACGCAUUACAGUACGAAGCAAAGCCUCGGUUAGAAAUGUAUCUGACUCCUGCCACCCUCUAUGCUCUCAAAUUAUCAUUCCAGCAGGGAGCUGUUUCCACCGUGUUUCGUAAGAAUGGAAUGGAACGUAACAUCACGAAAUCAGCAUAUAUCCUUGCAACUGUUGGCCUAUCUAUGAGCAUAUUUUCUGUGAGGAAGAUGCUAACUUCUGAACAUCCAGGCCGGCUGUAACAACUUCGUUAAAUUCAGCAGCAACAAAUCAAUUCCAAAGAGAGAAAUAAAACAUCUCUGUAACAUGUUUGCGGAUAAACAUCGCCAUUGAAUGUUAGACCCUUACCCAAAUCGAAGUGCUCUUUUGAUUGUACUUUACAUCUGAUGUCAAGAAUCUCGUAUAAUUAAUUUCCGAUGUAAAAGAAGAUGCUAAUAUGUUAGCUAACGUCAGAAUCGAUUUUAUCCAAAAACAUUGAACCGUUCUAAAGAAACAUAUUAACGUACACGGUAUUUAAUGUAUACCACUUUGCAUUUUAAUUAAUAAUUCAAAACGUUUGAAACAUGUUCGGAAUAAUUGAGCAUGACACAAAGAAUACCAAACGUGCAUUAAUGGUAUUUCUUUUGGAUAAUACGAAUCAGCAAUUGUUUCUUAUGUUCGAUAGUUUUUACGAAUUUGAUCGAUGUUGUUGCAUGUAGUUAAAUAUACGAGAUCGUCUUGUGGAAGAAGAGAUUUUAAAAAAAGUUUAUCAAAGAACAUGCUGUAAAGAACUAAGUAUGGCGAAUAUUGUUUUGUUAAAAUUUCGUUUAAGAAUGUUGCUUCUUAAAUACAAGACUAACCCGUUGAUGAUCUAUUGCGAUUGUUGCUGCCAUUAGUCACAGGCGCUGAUGACUAAACUACACAUAUUUAAGCGCAACAUUGUACAACGCUUGUAUAGAUUGUAUUCUUCUUGUCGUAGUGAAAUGAUACAAAUUCUGUCACGUAAAAUUGUCAAUGGAUUUUUAUUAGUAUAUUUAUGUUUU